GUUUGAUAACCGAAAGCACGGAGACAAGAGGUGUGAUUCCUUUGUUACAGACAUACGGAUUAUUGCUACAAAUUUGGAACAGAGUGUUCGUUUCCAGAAUUCGAUAUAACGGAGUACGUCACAAUUCAUGAGGGAUUAUAUGAUUUUUGUCGUUCCGUGGUGAAGGUAAAAUGUCGGACAGAAAAAUUAUAUGGCAAGUACUAUUGUUUAUGUCGGUCCUUUCUUAUGUUCCAAUACAAGGGCAGGUUAUUUACUCAAUUACCGAGGAAUUGGAGAUGGGCUCUUUAGUUGGUAACAUACUACAAGAUUUGGGUUUGAAUAUGAAAAGACUGAAAUCGGGUAAAGCUCGUAUUUAUACUGGAGACAACGCAGAAUAUAUCGAGCUGAAUAAAGAAAGGGGAGUUCUCUUUAUCAAAAAGAGAAUAGACCGUGAAACGCUUUGCGGCCAGACUACGCCUUGCGCACUGCAUUUUCGCCUGAUUCUAGAGGAUCCGAUGGAAUUAUACAGCAUAACUGUUGAGGUAACAGAUAUAAACGAUAAUGCUCCGGUGUUCAAAAAGAGUGAAAUGAAAUUCAGAAUUAGUGAGUCUGCUGUUACUGGAGCCAAAUUCGUGUUAGAGAGUGCGAUGGAUCUUGAUGUGGGUGUUAAUGGCCUCCAAGGAUAUUCUUUGAAACCGACUGAUAAUUUUAUAUUAAAAAUACAAAACCAACCUGAUGGUGGAAAGACAGUAGAAAUGGUUUUACAGAAACCGUUAGAUCGAGAGAAAAAUGACCAUGUAUCCUUAGUAUUAACCGCAAUAGAUGGAGGUGAGCCUCAAAUGUCUGGAACUGUCCAGAUUGAAAUAACAGUACUUGACGCGAAUGAUAAUGCACCUAUUUUUACUCAGGAUGUUUAUAAAGCUACAAUAAGAGAGAACUCCGCUAAAGGCACCGUUGUUAUAUCGGUCAGUGCCUCAGAUGCUGAUCUAAGUUCUUAUGGCAAAGUAACCUAUUCCAUUUCCAAUUCACUCGAUGAUGUCUCUGAAUUGUUUGAAAUUAAUGGGGAUAAGGGUGAGGUAAAAGUAAUAGAGAAUAUUGAUUAUGAAAAGGCACGACAAUAUCAAAUACACGUACAGGCCAGUGAUGAUGGGGGGCUUACAGACUCCUGUAAAAUAAUGGUCGAAGUCAUUGAUACAAAUGACAAUGUACCAUCUAUUGAUGUUUUGUCGAAGUCUGCUGUCAUAUCUGAGGACAUUAAACCUGGUACUGUUGUGACUAUGAUGAAUAUUCAAGACCCAGACUUCUGGGGAAAACGGUCAAGUUCAGUGCUCAAUUAACGAAAACAUUCCGUUUGUAAUGAAAUCCACAUUGAAUCAUUUAUUUACGGUAGUAACUGAUAAUGAGUUGGACCGAGAGAGAGUCUCUGA